AUGCAGCUGCUCGUGUUAUGCCUGCUGGUUCAGCUGCUGGAGGCGUCUUGUCCCCAUCCAGGCUCCCCGAAAUUCGGUCGGCUCCGCAACGCCUCUUGGCACCGAUUCCCUCGGCAUGAAUACAUCGAAUACGAGUGCGAUGAAGGCCAUGUGCUAUUCGGCGAAUCCCGUCGAUUGUGCACGACCGCCGAUCGAUGGGAACCUCCGGAGGUUCCGCAGUGCUUGAACAAUCUCGUUGCCGUGAAGAACGACCUGAAGAUCCAACACAAUCGAGACGGCUCGGCUGAGAUUCUGAAGUCAUUCGACAAAGACUACUGCCAGAGUAUCGGGCCAACUGAAUACAUCUGGAAUGUGACGUUGUUAGAGAGUGCGCUGGUGACCAAUCUAGAGGUUCGCUUUCGACAAACGCCCGAAACUCUGGCUCCGGGCGAAGUCGUCGGUCAGGGAAAAAUCGAGAUGGAGGCCUGGAUGGAAACUCCAACGGAGGACGAUCCUGACGCGGGACGUAUAAUGUGUUCCUCUGUCACGGUGCCCGUGCCGAUGUCGAGGAACAGCUUCCAGCUUGUGUGCAACGGCAACGGAACCGUGGUCAAUCUUCGCUUGGUCGAAACGUCCGUGGCCGCGGUCACGGUCGACAUCUGCACCAUCGCCGUACUGUCUCCCGAUACGAUGCCCCCCAAACUUUGUUACAACCCGAAUAACAAAGACAUCAUCAUUUCCACGAUGGACAACCAGUGUUUCUACUUGAACACCAAACGAUUCAAUUCGAACAAUUCGGCUCUCAUGUGCCAAAGCAUCUAUGCCGAGCAGCUCACCCGCGAAGAGGUGCUGAAGAAGCCUAACCUAAAAUACUUCGUCCAUACCUUUCUUGCCUACGUGAAGAAAGAGGAGAUCGAGGUCUUUUUCAAGUGUCCUGUCGAUAACAGAACGUGUGCCACAUUCAAACUGGACACGGAUGCCGACACGAUGGAGAAGGUUGGCAAAAUCGAAACCGAAAAAGCCCAUCAGGAGCUUCAAGUGCUAUGCAAAUCCGCUCCGAUCCACUGCGGGGUACCCUACGUCGCGACGGCGGCCAAGCAGGACAAGGUACACGCAAUCUGGGACAAGACUCUCAGGACGGGCUUCGUGCCUGAAUAUCCUGUGGGCGUGAACGUCACUUACCGCUGUUGGAAAGGUUUCACUAUGGUCGGGCCUGAAAUGAUCAGCUGUCUGGAUAACGGCGAAUACGACAUGUAUCCUCCGACAUGUGAAUGGAUCCUUCCCGUGACAGAGGGAGCUAUGGUUUUCAUUGUUUUCGGCACAAUGUUGCUCAUAUGGAUAUGCAUCGUACUGAAGGAGAUCUUCAUGAAUUGGCUGUUCCGAAGAGCGAUCGAGAUGAAAAAGCGGCAGGAAGCCGAAGCGGAAGCACGUCGUCUAGCCGAGGAAGAACGAUUGAGAAGAAUCGAGGAAGCCAAGCCGAAGCCCUUACCUCCCGGAUACAUGCCUACAGCCCCGAAACCAGUACCGACUCGGGGCCGCGGCCGUGGAGGUCGCGGAGGAGCCACAAGAGGCAGCCGGGGUCGCGGACGGUGA